CCGCCGCACGCCGUCCCCCUGCUGCGCUCGGCCUUUGUGAGCGACUGACCGCCCCAGGGCCCGAGCGCGGAUCCACUCUGGGUAGCUCCUCUCUUGCCACUGUCAGCAAUGAAUGUACUUUCGAAGAGGAUUCUGCUCGCGUCAUUAAUUGGUGCAAGGAAAUGGAGAUUCUAUGCAUUGACGCUGAUGAACAAGGCCCCACCAGUAACGUUCAACAGCAAUUGCUUCCUCUCGUGCGCUGAGCCUUCCUCGCCGUACCAAACGGAUGAUGGAUGCUGCAUCUACACUGAAGGAUCCAUGCAUGACGUGGCUCGGGACAUUAUUUCUAAGCGGCAUACAGAUCCCGAUGCGUUCUUUGUCUGCGACCUGCGGGACAUAGCCAAGAAGGUCAACCUCUGGCAAGAAUGUCUGCCAAGAAUCGAACCCUUUUACGCUAUAAAGUCCUGCCGAGACCCUGUAGUGGUGAACGUCCUCAACAAUCUAAGCGUCGGCUUCGACUGCGCCAACAAGCCUGAAAUGAGCGCUGUUCUGAACAUGGGCGUUUCUCCAGCUCGCAUAGUGCUUGCCAACGCUGUCAAGGGCUCGUGGGACAUUGAAUUCGCUCUCAAACAUAACGUCACCCUCAUGGCAUUUGAUUCAGUGGAAGAGCUCUCUAAAGUGGAGGGCAAAAACACGAGGCUGCUGCUCAGAAUCCAAGCUGACGAGGAGGGAUCAAUCCAUAAGUUCAACAAUAAAUUUGGAUGCUCAAUCUAUGAUGCGGAGCGAAUUCUGAAAGAAGCCCGGGUGAGAGAGUGCAAUGUCGUCGGUGUGUCGUUUCACGUGGGAAGCGCCUACGAGUUACCUGAGAUCUUCAACAAAACAAUCGAAAAAGCAAAAGCUGUAUUUGAUUUGGCGGAGAGCAUGGGGAUUUACAUGACACUACUUGACAUUGGUGGAGGCUUUCCCGGAGGACUGAGAAAACUUGACAAGUUUAUUAAGGUGAGCGAGAAUAUUCGUUCGGCGACGGAUCUUCACUUCCCGGCGUCUAGUGGCGUAAAGCUCAUCGCAGAGCCUGGACAGUUUUUCAUCACAUCAUGCUAUGCGCUGGUCGUUCAGGUGAUUGGAAAAAGGCGCAGCGAUAUCGUAGUGGAUGGAAUCAGCCAGCCCCAUCAAGACGUGUUCAUCAAUGAAUCCAGAGACAACUGCGUAUCGCGCCAUGUUUACGAGUUCUUGGACAUGGGAUACUGGCCACUGCAGGAGCCACUGGAGAGACCGCACGACCAGAUGACCACUAUUUGGGGAGGCACCUGCAACCCAAUGGACUGCAUAGAGAAGUCGAAGCCGCUAUUCGAUGUCCGCGUUGGCGAGUGGUUACUUAUGGACAACACCGGUGCCUACGCACUGAACAACGCCACAGGCUUCAACGGCGUGCCGUUCCCGGCGGUGCAUUAUAUCGUGCCGCAAGAGGGCGUUGGCUUUGUGCGCCACAUACUCGACGCUUCGCCAUUGCUCAGUGGCUACAGCCAGCCCGAAAACGCGCUGAAGAAAGCCCUCCUGGAUCUUUGGAAAGCAGAAACUGCCAAACGCAACUCGCUGAUUACGGCGCCGCCCAGUGCGGCCCGAGGUACUUGAAGUUAUUAGUACAUUAGCAGUCUUUUCGCAAAUUAGGAAUCCAUCCUUUUGCACACCUUUUCAUAUAGCGGCACGGAAUUAAAUAACUCUUUGCAGUGUUCGUACUUAAGGUGCCACGACUGAGACACGACUGCAUGGGGAGUCAUUCCUAAGGAAACUAAAAGCCGCACUAAAAUAAGUGUCGGCUAUAUAGCAUUUUACCAGCCUUUCUCAAAUAGAAGAAAUGCAGCGUCGGGCUCAUGGAUGCUUUAGGAGAGCACACAUGCACUUGCUGUUACUUCGGGUUGAGCAAGAAUUCAGUUGUGGGGGGAUGAGGAUGCAGGAUAUAUGCCAUUUCCAUGUUUCCUAUUGCACAUGUGUCUUCUAUAGCACGGCCUGCCUAGCUUUUAAAAACAGAAACAAUGGUGUUUUUUCUUUUGCUCAAUAAUGAAAGCGAACAAAAAUGUUUCUGUGGAAAGGAGACACAGCGCAGGUCAAAGAAGUUGCAACACUAGUGAUAAGCAAGGUCGCACUGCAUUUCGGAUGCAUAUUAGUAUACGUUGACUGAAUGGUUGUUCCAUAUAUAUAUAUACAUAUAUAUAUAAGAAGCAAGCAAACAAUAAGACCAAGUAAUACAUACGCGAAAUUACUUCGUUACUAAUUGAAACAAAGAAAUGGUAAAUUAAUAGAAAGGGUACUGUUAAUUAAUGGCAAUGCGAAGAGGUGGGAUCGUUCCUCACCUGCGGCAAGCAUAAGUAAUUUGCCCAUGUUUUCCUUGGUGUCAUUGUGUGUUGCCUUUCUAUGAUAUGAUCAAUAAAUAUCGGGCCCCUCGCUUAA